UAGGUAUAUUCGAAUUGUUGGGACCCACAACACAGUGAACAAAGUUUUCCAUAUUGUGGCAUUUGAAUGCAUGUUCACAAACAAAUCCUUUACUCUUGAGAAAGGUCUGAUAGUUCCCACUGAAAAUGUUGCAACAAUUGCAGACUGUGCCAGUGUGAUUGAGGGUGUAAGUCGCAGUCGUAAUGCCUUAUUGAAUGGAGACACAAAAAACUAUGACUGGGAUUCAGGAUACACAUGCCAUCAGCUUGGGAGCGGUGCUAUUGUAGUACAGCUAGCACAGCCCUACAUGAUUGGAUCAAUACGGUUGCUACUUUGGGACUGUGAUGAUCGGAGUUACAGCUACUACAUUGAGGUUUCUACGAAUCAGCAGCAGUGGACUAUGGUGGUGGAUCGCACAAAAAUUUCCUGCAAAUCCUGGCAAACAAUCACUUUUGAUAAACAGCCUGCAUCUUUUAUCAGAAUAGUUGGAACUCGCAACACAGCUAAUGAGGCACUUCAAGAACAAGAAGUGUUUCACUGUGUGCAUUUUGAGUGCCCAGCACAAAACAGUACCCACAAGGACGAGAGUAGUAAGGAAGUAGCAUCAACAGAGGUGGGGACUGCUGGACAGUAGCUUGUUUCUCGCCCUGUUUGAGCUGCAAGCACUAGUCCCCUGCAUUCCCCUCCUGGAUCCACCUUGCGUUCACAUGCUCACCAACAAUAAAGAAGGUUGAAAGGGAGCUUUUGCAGCCUUGAUGACAUUCUGUGAAAUUAUUCAGAACCUUCUUGUGCUGGCACCUUUUCUUUCUUUGUGAACAAAGGAGACCAUGUCUGAAAGCUGGAAACGUUGAAAUGGAAAAGGCUUUUCCUGAGCACAUGAAGAGACUGCUUCACUCUCCUCGAUUUGUUCAAAUCAGGCUGGUCUUCAAGGGGUGAGAAAAUAGGUCUUCAAUCCUCAUCAAUUACCCCAUUAACACCCUACCUCUCUAAUCUAACCAAGGCAAGGAAAACAGAAGGAAAUAAAAGGCAGAGCUACAGUGGAAAUCUAAAAUUACUGGAGCAGAAUGGAAGGCAUAUGAAAUAAGUAUUUGUUCCCUAGAGGCUUUCAUUAGCAAAAAAAAAUAUUUAUGGAACACAUCAGUCCAGCAUAUAUGUUAUUCAUAUUCCUUUGUAACUAGUAAUCUGUUUUCUAAAUCAUUUUGACCCUGUAUUCCAGUUUGUCUCUUAUUUUUGGCUGUAGUCAAUCCUGUACAGUAGAUUAAGGAAGUAUCAGACAUGUUUACCUGCUGAGAUGCAAAUUCCCUCAUUCAUCAGUGGGAUGACAAGAAAAGCGUUCAUGAUAUCAACAAACUAAUUAAUGUAUCUGUAUUAAUCUUGACCUUAGUUGACUUUUCAAAGUACAAAAUUGUCAUUUCUUACACUCAAAAAGGAAAUUCCUAAAUCAAACAUCCAUCUUGAAGAAAAGCAUAUUUUUUCACUCCUGAAAAUGAUUAAAUUUUGCCUGCAUUUCUAAGACAACUUGCAACAGAUCAUCAAAAAUGUUCGGUUUAGAAAAGUGGAACUGCAUCUGGUCACUGACAAGCAGUUGUUCAAAUACAGAAAGAAGAAUUUGCAGAUAACUUACAUUUUUCCAAGAAAAAUUGUUUUACAGUCUGGAGCUAAAAAUUCACAGGCUAUGUGUGCAUUAACAUUUCUCAUGAGCCUCACAAAAUAUGAUGCUUUUGCGCUGUAUUGUAAAAAAUUUGGUUCUUAGUUUACAGUUACAGAAUUCAUUAUCCAUCCGUGUCUGUCUGGAUUGCAUUGCCUGCUACUUUGCUUAUUCUGUUUUCACACUGAUGAUGAUGCAGUCUCUUACUCUCUAGACCUGCAUGACUUUUAGGAAGAACUCCCUGUUGAUCUUUCACUAUGGGAUAAAGACAUUUUGUUUUAAGACAAAUGCUGAUGUAAUUGGCAAAAUUGAUUAGGAGGAUUGUUACUCCUCACAAAGUAUAUUAUAUUGGAAAUGUCAGCUAACCAGUUUUAUGAACUUGGAAUUUCCUAUGGUGAUAAAUAGCCUUGUCAGAAGAAAACAAAGCUGGUGCAGGAUAAAUACGGUUUUGCUUUGCAUAAUCAUAGUGAUAAAAUGAGUUAUAUCAACAUAGUGAAUUGUAUGUUAAUUUAUCACACUACUUAAUUUGAAAUAAUUUCCCUGUUGGAUACUAGUUGUGCUAAACCCAAAAAGAAAUAUAAUCGGUGGUAGCAGUGAAUCAGAGGAAAUUUCUAAUAAGAAAAGCGUCCCUUCUUCUUUCAAAUAAAAUUGAUUAGGCUUUAUCAAUAAUAUUACAGUAUUUUCAUUGCCAAAUUACAGUUUAGUUCAGACAUUUGCAUACAGUCCUCUCCCUUCCCACUGCUGUCUCCUGACUUGUGAAUGCUUGUUGGGGAAGAUGGAUGCCCAUUGUGCUGUAUAAAGCUUCUAAUGUAUGUGCUACAGCUGCCUCAGUCUGGAGUUCUGGGAUAGGAUUCUGCUUGUGACAGUCACCUCCUCAUCUGUGGGGCUGAUUACCUUAUGGCUUAGCAGCCUUUGGAGCAUGAAAGAAUUGAGACCAGCUACUGGGGACACCACCCUCUUGUUUAAGUAUAGGUCCAAAAAGUUGAAAUUUUUUUCCCUUUGAAAAGUAAAAGCAGAAAACUUCUCCUGUUGUAAUCCAUGCUGGAACUACUGAGAUGCAUGGAGUGUGUCUUGCCUUUGGUAGAUAUAAGUCCUUUUGUGUGAGUGAUGGUAUUUCUUUGCACUUUGAUCAAACAAGUCUGCUUUUGUCAAACUGUGGAGCAAAGGGCAUAAAUUUCUAGCUGUUAGUAUUUAGUAGUCACUGUUGUAGAGAAUGUUAAAAAACAAAAUUAGGAAAAGGUUGUGCCAGCUGUUCUGAGUCUAGGCUCCCAGAGAAAGAAUGGGAUUUUUCCAUUUGCAAUCUUUAAUGUGCACAAUUAAUUUUUAUGAUACAAAAUUAAUUUUUAUGAUCUUGUAGACUAUAACCUACUGCACAUCUUUUUGAUCUUGUCCUGUGACUCACUGUGGAACAGAAGUGUCUGUUUCCCAUGAUAUUCACUCUCUGCCAAGAAUAUGAAUGAACAUAUCUGAGAUUCCCAGAGCAAAAACUCCAAGGUCCUAUAGACCCUUCGUUUCCUUACCCCCAUAAAUCAAUAAAAAAACCAACAACUUUG